ACGGACAGAGAGAAUUCCAUCCGGCGACGGAACGUCGAAAACUUACCGACCAAGCAGAUUCGAUGAUCGGAGUCAUGGCGACCGGCGAUAAUUGAUUCACCGGAAGCAGAAGACAAUGGAUGGUGAGGAGACACGGGACAGACUGUCAAGGGAAUCUGCGCUCUCGUGGCCGGACUAUAUGAGGUGUAAACCGUACACGGACGAAGGGAGUAGUACGAUCGCAAAAAUAUUGUACUAAUAUUUUGUAUCAAGGCUGAAAUUCUUAAGUUAGCUGCCAGAACCCGGCCGGCCGAGUCUCGUCCCAAAAUUUGGUUCGCGCCCGGUACCCAUUCCUGAGCUAACCGAAAACUCAAAACUGUAAAAUCUAGCACAUUUCUCUCUCAUUUUCCGGGGAACUCCGAAUCUUCUGAAGAAAAAUUCUCGGUUGUCAAUGGACUCUCGUCAUGCAUCGCUGGGUCGACGGACGCUUGAGGAAAUUCGUCAGAAGAGAGCCGCAGAGAGAAUGAUCAAAGCGUCUUCUGGACCUGAUCUGACCAUUGCUGUUGCUAGCUCUAAUGAUGUUCCCCAAAUAAGAAGAUCAGAGAGUGGAAAUCGGCUCGCGGAGAAUGACAUUGCAGGCUUGGUUUCUCAAUUACAGCAGAUGCAAAAGAAGAAUGCUGAUCUCGAAGAAGAAAACAAAACUCUGAUCUCAAAGCUUUGGACAAUAGAAGCUGAGAAUGACACAUUCCAGAAGCGUCUCAAUGAUUUGGAGCAAAAUACUGUACCAUCAUUGCGGAAAGCACUCAGGGAUGUGGCAAUGGAAAAAGAUGCCGCGGUGGUUUCAAGGGAGGAUCUAUCAGCGCAGAUUCGUACUCUUAAGAAACAGUUAAAGGAGGCAGAAGAAGAGCAGUAUCGGGCUGAGGAGGAUGCAGCAGCUCUCCGAGCCGAAUUAAACUCGUUACAGCAACAAUCUAUGAGUGGUCCACCUAGUAGCACCACCUCAGUGGGCUUUUCACCUGAUCACAUGCAAACUGUUGAAAAGGAGCUUGCCAACUUAAGAUCUCUUCUUGAGCAAGAGUCUAUGUUGAGAGAAAAAGAGCAACAACGGCUAGCUGAGGAGCUGACUCGGACAUCUACCCUUACUUCACAAAAGCAAGACUUAGAAGAGAAGCUUUCAUCUCUUUCCAAAAAGGUGUCAGAAGAUAUCUCUCAAAAGGCUUCUGGUGACACAUUCUCAGUGAAGGAAAAGGAGAAACUUGAGAAGCAAUUGCAUGAAAUGGCUGUAGCCAUUGAAAGAUUGGAAAGCAGCAGGCAGAAACUGCUGAUGGAGAUCGAUUCUCAGUCCUCAGAAAUAGAGAGACUGUUUGAAGAAAAUUCUAAUCUCUCAUCUGCGAAUGAGGAAGUGAUGGGAAUGGUAGUGCAGUGGGAAAAUAAGGUAAAAGAAUGUUUGAAACAAAAUGAGGAGCUACGAGUCUUGUUAGACAAAAUAAGAAAUGAACAAGCAGGAAUAGGAAAUACAAAUGACAAGUUAAUGCAUAGAGGGUUGUUUGGAUCCAAUAAAGAAGUGGAAAAUGGCACUCAAGCCCCAAGUUAUGAAGCUGAUAUUGUAUCCCUCCAGGAUCAACUUGUGAAAGAACAGAGCAGAGCAGAAGCAUUGUCUGCACAAGUUCUAAAACUAUCGGUACAACUCCAGCAAGCCACGCAAGCAUACAAUGGUCUAGCCCGCAUCUACAAGCCUGUGUUACGCAACAUUGAGGGCAGUCUUUUAAAGAUGAAGCAAGACGGGCCAGAGGUUUUGCUGAGAGCAUGAGAUCAAAGAUUAAAAUUUGUCGAUAUUGUUUUUUUUCCUUACUUUAUUGGCUCAAAGAAUGUGUUUCACACUUUCACAUAUGUAUUAGAUUAAAAGUUGUCUUGUUUAACGUGGUCAUUGGAUGUGGUUUUCUUUUGACACAUGACAUGUAAUAUCGGAAAUUGUUCUUUC